AAACUUUUUUGUCAUGUAUAUUUUUUAAUAUUUUAUAAUUUGAAACAAUGAACAGCGUCUGUCAUCAUCAUCAUCAUCACAUUUCGUAUCCAACCCACUGUAUGGUUAUGGACUAUACUACUGAUAAAUCGCCACUAACUAAUUCUGAGGGGAAUCAGAAUAAUUCCCACAUUCCAUCGAUUACAGUUGUUCGACCAAAACAACCAAGACGAUAUAAACUUUUACCAAAAGAUAAACUCCGUUUCCCUAAAAGUGACACGUCAAAUCAGUUUUGGCGAAAGUAUGAUUAUACAAAACAUAUGCCGCUGAUCACUGUGGAUUGUGAUGAUGAAGAAAGUGAAGAAUUUGACGGCGCACUGUUUCAAAAAGUCUCCAAUAAUGGUUUACAUGAUGUUUUAAAACGUGAUCGAACUAGUCGUAAUGGUUUGUCAACUGCAGCAGGGAAUCCUGAUGAUGAAUGGGAUGAUGAUUGGAAUUUAAACCUUUCUACGCCUAGUCAGCGUAAAAGACUAUUUUGUUGUCCUCUGGACUGUACACUAUCUUAGGAAGAUAAUAUUCUCUUCGAGAGUCGUCGAUCGUAGGCUAUACAAUUCGGUGCAAAUCAGAUGAGACGAGGGAGGAAGUGAUAAUAUAAAUUUUUAUUCGGUGAUUCACAUUAUCUACUAAUUAUUAUUAUAAUAACGCCUAUUUUCAUCGAAAUCGAGUAUUUUAAAGUAAUUUUCUAUGUGCAUUUCUCACCGAGCUUUAUUAACCUUUUUGACUUACGAGAUGUUGUAUUUGAUUCGUCAACUUGUCAUUGCUCUUCUUUUUUUUAUUCCCCAAGAUCUCCCCUGUUUUGUUUUUCAAAAUUUAUUUUUAUUCCGUGUAAUUUUAAUGACUUCAGGUGUAUUUAUUCUGGUGUGUAUAUUCACAUUAGCAAUUGUGAUGUCAAGUACUUCUUAUGCCUACUUUCUAUUUUUUGUUUGUUUUUUUAAAUGAUAUUUUCUCUGUCUACCUACAUAUAUUGGCUAGGCUAAAUUGCAUAAUAUAUUACUGAAAUCAACGGGUGGUAUGGAAUGUUAUGUGAAUAUUACUUGAUUAACAAU